AUGUCUGGGCAACAGAAUCAAAAAAAUACUGAUUAUACUCGAGAUGAAGAGACGACGACUCCAUCAGCCCAAGAAUCUAAGAUAAUGCCGUGUCCCUCAACAAGGAAAGAAGGUAAUAACAAUGAGCGUAAUCUACCUCCUAGUAAUACUUUUGGAAAUGCCCAAUUUCAACAUGGUUAUAACUUAAAUCGUUUACAAGGUGACGAUAAAUAUUAUGAGCCAAAAAAUGGAUCUGGUUUAAACUCACAGCAAUAUGGGGAUCAAGCUUGGUUACCCAAUGUCACCUUUGACCCAAAUUCUGCAGAAUAUAUAUAUAAUAUUGAUUUACCAGCACAACCACCUUCAAAUGGUUCUUACACUAGCUUGCCGCAGAACAAUGACUUUACCCCUAACGAAAACAACAUUCAAUAUUUUUACCAGCAAAAUAGUGUACACACUAAUAUGACUGAUGACAGGUUAAGCACGGCCAAUUAUCCCUCCGGCUCUACGCAAAGUGUUUAUCACGAGAACACGCAAAUGCAGGAUAUUCCAAACUCUUCUAUGGGUAAUUAUCAGCAACAACACCACCAACACCAACACCACCACCAACACCAACACCAGCAACAGCAACAGCAACAGCAACAACAACAACAACAACAUGAAGAGGAACAGGUACAGCAGACACUGCCUGCCACUACAGCCACAACAAAAGCAAAACUAAGACGUCCCUGUGAUCAGUGCCGCAAGAGGAAAAUCAAAUGUGUCUUAAUGCCAAACUCUAGUAUUUGUGCUCAAUGUGAAGCUAAACAGCUGAUGUGUACGUACGCUACACAAGCUUUGAAAAGAAAGCCAACUGAUGCAAACUCUGAGUAUAGCAAAAAAGCGAGAAUGGAAAAUUUAAAACUUUCGCCUCAAGAAGCUAUGCAAAUCCCUAAUGUACCUAUACGAGAUGUACCUCCAGUCAAGGAGUAUUCAGCUAUAAAUGACUCGCUUUUAAAAAAGACCUUGUCUUUACAAUUUCCGCGUUCUAGCUUUUACGUGGGACCCACUUCACACUUGUACGAUCUCAAUUUGUUGAAUUGCAUUAUUAAUGGACAACAUCAAUCAAACGAAACCACCGAUGAUAACAGUAACAACAAUGACAAUGACAACAACAACAAUGACAACAACAAUGAUAAUACCAAGAACAGUGACAAUAGCAGCAUCAACAGCAACAACAACAACAACAAGAACAAGAACAAGAACAACAAGAACAAAAAUAAGAAAAAAAUUGAGCAGGUUAGUUUAAGUGAUUCGAUAUCUUUGAGAAAAGUCAGCGAUAAAGUACAAUUUGUAUUAAAAGAUGACCAAUCACCUCGACUGUACCAAACAAUGACAAACGACGUCGAUACCAUAGAAAAAUUGAUUUCACCACAUGGACAGAUCUUAAUUGAUUUAUAUUUUAGAAUCAUUCAUCCUUCAUAUCCUAUAAUUCAUAAGAAAGUGUUUUUGGAAAAAUAUUCAAGAACGCAUCGGGAAUUCAGCGCGCCCUUACUAGCGGCUGUUUAUGUGUUGGCAAUUCAGUGGUGGGAUUAUGAUCCUCAGUUGAAUAGGUUCGCCAAGCCAAAUAUAGAAUUGAUACUCAAAAUAGGACUUAACAAUUACUUCCAAGAGAUUUUGAAGCGACCUAAACUAAGUGCAGUACAAGCUGGUCUUUUGUUACUUCAGUGCAAACACGUUAUCAGUUGCAAAUCAUCCGUUCAUCAAGUACAGAAUAGUGGAGAUGCUGAAUAUUCUGAAUGGGUUCUUUGCUCUCAAGUUGUUUCUCUUGCCGAAGAGUUGGGGUUAGGCUUGGAUUGUAAUAAUUGGAAGUUGCCCAAAUGGGAACGUGAUUUGAGAAAACGACUAGCAUGGGCAGUAUAUAUGGAAGACAAAUGGUUAUCAUUGAAAGAAUCAAGACCAUCACACAUCAGCAAGAACAACUGGAUUGUUUUACCAUUAUUUGAGGAGGAUUUUCCUGAAAAACAUGGCGAUGGUGAUUUAAAAGAAGGUUCUUCUGAUAUUGAUAAUGGGAAAAAGAUAUUUAUGAGACUUAUUGAACUUUCAAAGAUUUUAUCGGAUAUUUUAGAUCAGUUUUAUUCAAUGAAAGCAAUGAAUGAAAUCACGACCGUGGAUGAAGUGUUAAAGUUAGCCAAGCCUUUACAAUUGGAAUUACGAAAAUGGUUCCAUUCAUUACCGGUCGAGCUACAAAUGAGUUCGGUGCAACCAAGAAAACUAUGUUCGAACGGAUACCUCCAGCUAGCUUAUUUUGCAACCGAAUUAACACUACAUCGCAAAAUUGCAACGAUUAUUUAUCAACAAACAGAGGAAGGGAACCCUCCUUCAUCCGAGCUAGUUAGUGUAUGUCGAUCGGCUGCGAAAACAAGAUUAAUGGCCUCGAUAGAAUUUGUGAGAGAUUUAAAACCAGAACAUAUUCAUUCAUUUUGGCAUUCGUGUUCCUUGCCCAACUUCAUAUUAAUUGGGACUUUUGCCGCUAUUUUAUACAUAUCGGCACCAACAAAAGAAGAAGCUGAUUUUUACAGAGAUCAGAUAUUUAACUAUCGUUGGAUUCUAAAAAUUUCUUCUAACGGAUUUGAGCAAGCUGCAGAAGCAUUAUCCCAGUUGGAUAUAGUUUUAACAAAUAUUCCCGGUUUGUUCAACGAUAAUGGUAACGGUGAUUUGCCAAUAGUUUUACCAAAUGUUCAAAAUCAGCAAAAUAUGCAGCAGCUGUCUACAAAAACAGAAGUUGGGGAAGAACCGAUUUAUAGAUCACCCUCACUGCAAAUAUACCAUGAUCCAAGUCAUCAAGCACAUCAGUUUCAUAACAAUAUCCAAGGACCAAGGAGUGGGCAGUACCAAAAUAACAACAACACGAAUAACGACAGCGGUGAUGCAUCCCUGCAAGAAUUGCAAAACCAAGCUACCGACUCGGACUUGAACUCCAACACGCCACGGAACAAAGUAAUUCACUUACUAAAUUCGUCUCAGGUUGUUUUACCAAAAGACCAGAACUCUAGAAAAUCCGGUCUUAUGGAUGAAUCGCAAGAGGUAGCUGUGAUGUCGCAAUCACCAGUAAAAUCAACUAGAUAA